AUGGAGGCGUUCUUCUGCUUGGCGCGGUGCCGGUUCACGCGGCUCAUGGUGGCGAUGCAGCUGGUGAUGGGCGUGCUGGUGAUCUGCAUCAGCACAGCUAGCCUCCACCGUUUCUACACCACCGACCACCUCCUCCCAGGGCUCGAUGACUCCGCCCGCUGCUCCAAGCUCCACACCGCCGGCGCCGACGGGUACGCCAGCUUCGACAUGCGCGCGCUGUCGGACCGCGUCGACGACGUGCUCGUCCAGCUCGCAGAGCUGCAGGACAAGUUGGAGGCCACGGCGCUCAAGGUCGGGAAGAAGACGAAGAAGGCCAAGGCUCACAAGCAGCAGCAGGAGAACAUGACGAUGCCGGAGUUCAGGCGGUUCCUGGAGGAGGAGGUGAUCCACCCGCUGUACAGCGCGCACAUCUCCCUGCGGCUGAUCCGCAUCCCGCGCCCCGACCCCGACGGCGAAGACGACGCUGCGCUGGAGGUCGACCCGCUCGUCAACUUCUUCAUGGCGGAGGAGACGCGCAAGUACGUGACGACCAAGGGCAACCGCGAGGGCCGGCCGAGCGUGUACGGCACCAACCGGACGUACGGCAGCAUCGGCCACGCGUGCGUGCUGAUGCGGCAGGAGCUGGACGAGUACAUGAGCUACGACGUCGGCGCCUACUGCCCGGACGACUGGGACCUGGGCCAGCGCCUCAUGCUCGGCGGCUGCGACCCGCUGCCGCGCCGCCGCUGCCUCACACGGGCCUCCAAGCUGUUCAACCGCACGCUCCCCAUCAACGAGUCGCUCUGGACACUCCCCGACGACGGCAGCGUCCGGUGGACCCGCUACCAUUGCCGCGGCUACAAGUGCCUCUCCGCCAGGAACCCGCGGCCCGGCUACACCCGCUGCGUGGGGUGCUUCGACAUGGACAGGGAGAAGCAGCGCUGGAUGGUCAACACCACGCGCAACGCGUCCUCAACGAGCGCGUCCCUGGUCGACUUCAGCAUCGACGAGGUGCUCGCGGUGAAGCCCGGGGAGGUGCGGAUCGGGCUGGACGUGAGCGUGGGCACGGGCACCUUCGCGGCGCGGAUGCGGGAGCGCGGAGUCACCGUCGUGUCGGCGGCGCUCAACCUGGGCGCGCCCUUCGCGGAGACGGUGGCGCUGCGCGGGCUGGUGCCGCUCUACGCCACCAUGAGCCAGCGGCUGCCCUUCUUCGACAACACCAUGGACCUGGUGCACACGGCGGGGUUCUUCGAGGGGUGGGUGGACUUGCAGCUGCUCGACUUCGUGCUCUUCGACUGGGACCGUGUGCUCCGCCCCGGCGGCCUGCUCUGGGUCGACAGGUUCGCCUGCGCGCGCCGUGACCUCGACGACUACAUGUACAUGUUCCUGCAGUUCAGGUACAAGAAGCACCGAUGGGUCGUCUCCUUCAAGUCCAAGGAGGAGGUCUACCUCUCCGCUCUGCUCGAGAAGCCGCCCAGGUCAUGA